AUGCCCGGGUACUUUUACCAUCCCACCUCUGGUGAGGAUGUCCAAAAGCUACCCGCAAUGAUAUCGCAGGAUUCCGGCGUUGAGAACAGCUCCAAUCCUGGGCCCUACACUCAACAGCCAAGAAUCCCUCCAUAUCAAUAUGUCAGCGUGAAAUAUCCUCAGCGCCCACGUAUGAGCAAAACAGAACGCGCUCAACUACACAGACGAAGAUCCAGAUCCCCCUCUCCAGAUCCACCUCCAGUACAGACACACUACCGGAGCAGAACUCCCCUGAUUCAACAGCCAGAUACAGCCUCCACUACCACUGUUUACUCUCCAGGAAGACUUGAACGAGAGAAAAUUGUUAUUGAUCUCACCACUCCGGAGCCUGAGCCCGAGGCUGCGUCAGAAAACCGGGUCUAUGAUCAAGUCACCAGCGUGAGAGUAGGUUCCCAACAGACUGUUGUCAUCCACCAAGCCUCUGUUCCUCAACCGGCUAUCCAAGGUAAGCAUCAGAUUGGAUUGGAAGUCCCUGACCCUGCAUCUUGGACUGAAAAAAGAGUCAUGUGUCAAGCUUCAGAUCUACAAAGGGAUCGCGUUUUUCAUUCUUCACCCGAGAGGUACAGACAAUCAGAAGUUGAGACUUAUCGCAUCACCCAAGCAAUCCCCCAGUCCCUCCCUCAAGUCACCUCCCAGUUUGUGCUACAGCCUGUUUCGCGAAUCCGUCCUGAGCCCGUCACUGGAAUCAUUUCCCAGUAUCUUUCUCCUCUGACCCCUCAACCCGCCCGCCCAACCAUCCUUCAAAAAAUUCAUCCGCUUCCUCCGAAGCCUGAUGCAUCCACCGUAUCAUCCACUACACCUGCUCUAUCUUCAAAUCCUCUCAUACCUACUGAAGCUGUCCUCCCUCCAAGACCUCCCGUAUCCGCUGCGGGUGUUCAAACCUCAGGAGACUUUCAAAGAGUUCGGUCGCAGAAUUUGGAAACAUGUAUUUUCAUCGAUCUGACUGAAGAUGACUCGGAUGAUGAGGCUAUCCGGCCUAGGUCAAAUGAGUCAACAACUGGACGUGUUCGAGAUGCUCGUUACUCUGCUGCAACUCAGUUUACUGGGCGGACCGUGGUUGAAUCCCGCUUUAGAGCCAGGGUAUUUGCUGAGCAUAUGAUGAUGCGGCCUCCAAUCGAUGGACAUACCCAUUGCCACACCCUGUGGACGGAUGGUUCACUCGUGGGUGGAAGAAGGGCAGGGGGGGCUGUUGUAUGGAGAAAUCAUCCGGAAGACGAUUGGAAAUCCCUCAAACGUCGAAUCAACUUUGAAACUAGUGACAGCAACCUCCCAGAAGUCAUGGCGGUCUCCAUGGCAAUGGAUAAGGCAGUCGACUUAGUGCGAACUGCGCGAAGUACCAGAAACACGGCUCUCCUGGAUGAAGUGUUCAUUUUCACAGACUCAACCUUUACAGUUCGUGUUGUCAGAAGUGCCUGGAUAGGUAGUCGCGGGGCUAGGCGUGGUUGGUAUUUCAUUCGGCCCUGGGUUGAUCAAUUACUGGAAUCGUAUGCCGAACUAAGGGCAAUGGGAGUUCGGGUGGAGCUACACUGGGUCCCUGGCCACAGCGGCGUUGAAGGAAAUUCAAUGGCUCAUAAUGCGGCGAGAGAGAGUACCCGGUUAUCUUUUGGGCUGUAG